AUUCUCCAAGUAUUAUGGAUAUUUCAAUAACCUCUGAAGCAGAAGAGAAAAAAACCAACGUUAGUGAUGUGCCAGACUAUAUCAGCGAUAUCCACACGUACCUUAGGGAAAUGGAGGUGAAAUGCAAGCCUAAAGUGGGUUACAUGAAGAAGCAGCCUGAUAUCACGAACAACAUGCGGGCUAUUCUUGUGGACUGGCUGGUGGAAGUUGGAGAAGAGUACAAAUUACAGAAUGAAACCCUGCACUUAGCUGUAAAUUACAUUGACAGGUUUCUUUCCUCAAUGUCUGUUCUGAGAGGAAAACUUCAGCUUGUGGGUACCGCAGCUAUGCUGCUUGCAUCAAAGUUCGAGGAAAUCUACCCUCCUGAAGUAGCAGAGUUUGUCUACAUCACAGAUGACACCUAUACCAAGAAGCAGGUUCUAAGGAUGGAGCACUUGAUUUUGAAGGUUUUGUCGUUUGACUUGGCAGCUCCAACAAUCAACCAGUUCCUCACUCAGUAUUUCCUACAUCAGAAGACAAACGCUAAAGUGGAGAGCCUGUCAAUGUACCUCGGGGAGCUGAGUCUAAUCGAUGCCGAUCCCUACCUGAAGUACUUGCCGUCACUUAUCGCCGCCGCAGCGUUUCAGCUAGCGGGCUAUACGGUCACUGGACAAACCUGGCCUGAAUCCCUGUGCAAAGUAACAGGCUACACCAUUGAGGACAUCAAGCCUUGCCUCGUGGACCUACACAAGACCUACCUCAGAGCAGCACAGCACACGCAACAGUCCAUACGGGAAAAGUACAAGAGUACCAAGUACCACGGAGUAUCGCUUAUUGACCCGCCAGAGACACUACACUUAUUGUCCUAA